AUGAUUGAUGCUGAACGGUUAAAGGCUGCCGGGCUCCCUGCCUUGCUCUCGAGCGCGCCGCCACCAGACAACAGCUCUGCCGUGACGCCAGAAGAAGUCGUCCAGUCUUCAAUAGACACACGCUCUCCAAAACGAAUAAAGUCGGAUACCAGCUUUAGCUCCCCAGACCUGCCCGAUAAACCAAUACAGCCCGCCAUCACCUCCGAGAACCCACUGCCUACGAAGCUGGCUUCUAUAGUACAAUUAACGCACCCUCUUUCAGAUAGCCUUGCACCAUUCGCCUUGUUGAAGAAGUCAUCUACCCCUGGAAACUUCUCGAUUGCAAAUAUCUUGAAUGCCGAAAACGAAAGCCCGGCCGAGGAGCCAUCUCGUUGGAAAGAUUGUUUGGCAAACGAUGCCCCCAUCGACCAGAAUGAUCCAGUACUCCAAAAUUUGAUCAAUCUCCCUAUAGCUCAAGGCCUUUUCGAUAGUUUUUUCAAAUACAUGAACCCCUUCAUAUGCCAAUUCGAUCCUGUCCUCCAUACUGUACGAUAUGUUCGAAAUCGAUCGCCGUUCCUAUUCACCGCCCUCCUUAGCGUUGCUGCAAAGGUUUUCUGUCCGGCUAUAUAUACCAAACUACACGAACAUAGCGAGAAGCUCCUUCACAAUAUCAUGGGCUCAGGCGAGAAGUCUCUAGAGAUAAUCCAGGGCGUCUGUCUUUUGACACAUUGGAAGGAAUCCAACGACACGCGUGCGUGGAUGUUUAUCGGAUAUGCCAUUAGGGGAGGCUUAGAAUUAGGCUUGAAUAAACUUAAGCCAUCUAUUCUAGAUAAACCAAUGCAGCUUGCUUCUGGGUUUGAGGAGGAAAUGGAGUUACGGGAACAACGCAGCAAGGAACGCACCUGGCUCGUGCUGUUCAUUUAUGAUAGGAGUCUAAGUCUCCAGCUGGGCAUGCCAUCAAUGAUUACAAUGGACCCUCUGAUCCGAAACGUACAGAAUUGGCACCAGCAUGCAUAUGCCACCCCUGGAAUCGAUGAGAUGGUCACGGCCCUGACGCAGUUACGCAUAAUCGGCUUCGAGCUACUAGAUCUUUUCUGGCUUGAUCCACUCCAUACAUCACCAGAGUUCAUGAAAAAGGAUGAAUUCAUACUUCGGUUAUGCAAUAAUGAACUGGACAGAUGGGAGGCUCGAUGGCAUUUGAUCGUAGAUGAAGGUGAGAUUCAUUUCAAGUUUGCCUCCUGUCUGCUUGGGAUCAAAGCUAACCGAUUCCUUGUUCGAUUUUAUGGCUACCAUUUGAGAUUACUUCUCCACUCCUUUCAAUUACAGCUAUCCAUCGCUAACGGGUCUGCGUCUAAACCUGCGCUGUGGAUCCUCCUAUCAUUCCCCGGGGAACUCCCAGGCGAAGCGGAGAGUAAAGUACUCGACUACAUACUAGAGGCAAGUGAGUAUUUUGGCCGACAAUCGCCGACAGACAACACUAGCUGUCAUUACCAGAGCCAGUUCCUCGCGAAUGUGGUUGCACAAUACCGAGCCUCCAGGGCCUCCCCUGCAUCAUCUGUGAAACGACCGGCUUCGAAAGAGCUCUGUGAUCUGAUGCAGGAGACUACAAGCGGCGCAGACGCCAAAACGCAAGUAAAUCUCUCACCGAUAGCUGUACCACCACUUCACCAGACGUCUCUUCCGUCGCCCUUUCAAACAUCUCAGCAACAGCAGCAACAGCAGCAGGAAGACGGACUCAGCCAGCCACAGCAACCACAACAACAACAACAACAACAACAACAACAACAACAACAACAACAACAACAACAACAACAACAACAACAACAACAACAACAUCUCACGCCUCUUAACCACCAUCUCCAGGUGACAUCGCACCUUCAAAACGACCUAUUCUCGUCCUCAAACACUCCACCGCCGAUACCCAUGCAUAUGCCGCUAAACGACCCACUGCACAACCCGCACCACGACCAGCAGACCCUCCCUUUGAUCCACCCUGAUCAUAACCAGCAACUACUAGCAUGUGCACGACCUCUGCUCCCGCCAUCGAACAUCGAGUGCACUAUCAGCGGGUCCAUAAAUAGCGGCAUGAUGAGCUCGGGCAGGAUAUUUGCUUCCCCAAGUCUUCACCCAUCGUCGACCCACCAAGCCAACAGCAAUAACACGGGCACUAUGAUGGGGAGCGGUGGGACAGCAUCUGCGUCAGGGAUACCAGUGACGUCAAGUCCUGGCGCUGCUGGAAACGCCCCGAACAGCAGCGACAGUAACGACGGCUACGACAACUACACUCCUACCAACGCUCAGAAUGUCACACCAUUCAGCAAUACCGGAACGUGGGAGAACCUAUUUGCUCAUGCCGGGUUUAAUAUCAACGGUGGAGCAUUCCUGCCGAACCCUGGAAGCUCCUGA